GUUUAUGACUCCGGCUGUUGCGACAGCAUUCUUCUGGAGCUGCGGGAAUAUCUGCCAAAAUACUUCGGUGUCUGGUCACCACCUACUGCACCAAAUGAUACGUAUCUAAAACUGGAAGAUGUGACCCGUAAGUUUAAUAAGCCUUGCAUAAUGGAUGUAAAAAUAGGUCAGAAAAGUUAUGAUCCGUAUGCUUCAGCUGAGAAGAUACAGCAGCAGGUCAGCAAGUACCCGCUGAUGGAAGAGAUUGGCUUUUUGGUACUUGGCAUGAGGGUUUACCACGUCUCUUCUGACAGCUAUGAGACACAAAACCAGCACUAUGGACGGAGCUUGACCAAGGAAACAGUAAAGGAUGGCAUCUCAAAGUUUUUCCACAAUGGGUACUGCUUGAGAAAAGAUGCGAUAGCUGCCAGCAUUCGGAAGAUAGAAAAAAUUUUGGAGUGGUUUGAGGGCCAGGAGCAACUCAACUUUUAUGCGAGCUCAUUGCUGUUUGUUUACGAGGGUUUGUGCCAGGCAACAACCGUGCGGUUGAGUGAUGUCACCUUGGCAGAGAAGAGGGGAGUGCCCAAAGGACUGUUAUCAGGUGGAGACAUACUGGAGUAUAAUAAUAACAUUCAUGUAAUAAAUUCUACAGAGAACGGAAAAAUUGAGGCCUCUGUAAGUAAAGGCUUGUCCAAAUUUUAUGCACUUCACAAAAAAGCAUACUCGAAGAGGCACCACAGUCAACUCUCACUGAAGGUGGAAAAUUUGGAGCAAGACAACGUGUGGAAAAGCAGCACGUGCAUUACACAGGAGCAUCUGAAUGGAAAUGUUAUACCCCAACUGGAAAAAGUUUUCUGUCACAUGCCAGCAGAGACCAAGGAAAGUGCAAACGUAGAAGUCCGAAUGAUAGAUUUUGCUCACGUGUUUCCUAGCAACACAAAGGAUGAGGGCUACAUUUAUGGUCUAAAGAAUUUAAUCACAGUACUUCAAAAUAUUUUGGAUAACUAAAUUCUUUGCUAUGUUUUUUACUGGGGGCCAAUGAUAAAGAAGAG